AUGUUGCCCACCAUAGCUAGUCAGAUUGCAGAAUGCUGCGCAGGUCAGGACAUGGAUGACAUUAACGCACAGUUAUGCGUUGUGAGUAUUGGCUUUGACGUUGAGGGCAUUGUCUCACGUCUCAUCCGCUGCGCCCUCGCAGGUUUGUCAUCAUUGCAUGCCUGCAUCUCAUGUGUUGUGCUACCUGAUGGCACAAGGAGUGGGACACUUUCGCGAGUGGCCUCAGCCCUCAGGUCUUCUCUUAACAAGAUAGACGGUGAAAGUUUGCAGGUGCAUGUGGCCGAGGAGGGGACCUCCACCCGUAUCCGCUGCACCUAUUAUCAAGGCGGCGGUGUGGUGGUCUUGAGCAGCCGCAUGCUAUGUGCUGAUCUGCUCCACAGACGGCUUUCACGUGAACUUGUGGGUAUCGCCAUCGUGUUGCUGCCCUAUGGAGGCCCAAAGCGGUCUGAUAGUGUUGUGCCAAGCAUCGCCUUUUGUGCGGAAAUUCUCCUUCGAGGUGGUUGUGGUGGGGCUAUGCAACUCCUGUCACGUCGGCGCCAUCCACCUUUUAUUAUUCUUUCAGAUAACCCCUGCUUUGUACGCUAUCUGCUGCAGCGACGGCGCAUUGGUCAGGAACCGUUUCUAACAAAAUUACAUGUCGACGACGUACAACUGUUUCCACGCUUUCGACUCAACGUGAUGCGCCACUUUGAAGAGCUUGCAAAGGAGCGGCCCUUGAAGGUGGAACGCGUUGCGGUGGGCGCUUCGCCGAGCACCACCGCACUUGACGGGAUGCUCCGUCAGGUCUUGAAGGAAGUGAUUGGAGAGCUGCACGCUCUGGAGACGCGUCUGGGUCAGAUCAGCGACCACGGCCACAGUCAUAGCAGCCGGAAUGUCCAUACAACUAGUGCUGAUCGUGACGCGGGUGAUCCAUAUUUGCGCCUGCAGCCUAUCUCGCGUCGACCACGGUUGGAAAAGCAGCCACCUCGUUAUGUGCGAAAGCCUUGGGUUGUGCCCUCGGAUCCCACCGUCAUUCGCUUUGGAUGCAUUUGUGAGGAAGAUGCUCUGGAUGUGGUGGAUGUCAGUCUGGAUGACGACUUGGAUCAUGCCUUACGUGCAAAUGGACCCUUGUGGCCAUUUAGCAGACUUGUUGAGAGCCUACUGGACGUUCGUGGACUGCGGCGCGAUGUGCGACGCAUCUCGCCGUUUGCGUGGUUAUUUGCACUGGAGGCGUCACUGGUUGCACGCACUGCACGCUACACACGCGAUGUAAGCUCAGCAAGGGCAUUCACGGUUCAGCCACCCGAUGCACCCUGGACGUUGUCGCAACACUUUAGCUCAAUCGUCACGCUAGCUAUUCACCGCGUCGGUACGGUAGAAACGCGACUUGUGACGAAGAAUAACAUUGUCCAUCAGAAAAAUGGUAAUGACACUUACACCGAUGGGUCUCAUCUUGUUGUGGAAAGCGCGGAGACGUCAAGUGACGACGAGGAAGUGGUGUGUGUAGAACCGGAGACACCGCAGCGUUUGCUCCUACCGCGUAGUGACGAGGUCGAUCCAUGUAUGGAGUAUGCAAACCGCGUCAUACAGGGGUGGUGCCGGGAUGCACGGCGCAGAGGAAUAGCUAAAGAUCUGAUGAAUCCUGUGUUUUUACUCAUUGUCUUUGGAGAGCGUGCGCUUCGUCGCUAUGUAUGUCGUCUGACGCACUUGCUAGAGGAUUUUCAGACGUUUGAGUUGAACGGCUUUGUUGCGGCUUACCAAGCGAAGCACGGUGCUGACAUACGCCGAUGUGCGGAGGGCCCCGUAACGGAGAAAUCAACAGGUGUAAACUUGCGAACCUGGUUUCUUGCCGGCAAUGAUGACGUCAUCGAAGAAGAAGGGAAGGACAGGGAUGAGGAUGAGGACGGCGCAAGUGAGGAUGGAGCUCAAGUAGAGAAAAGAGGGAUGAGUGCGCCAUCGCAGUCGCCAAGCUUUCUUUUUUCCCAGGGCAGCACGGUGAGUAUUAACCCCUCAAAUUCCAACAAGGGGAAUCACAAUGCAGACAACAUCUCAUUGCAUCAAUUGCUUCUGAGCCAAGCCCCACUUACACCACCGUCAGAAGAGCGACAACAAGAGCAGGGGAGUUGCCAGUCUGGUCCGUUGAGUCUUGAGUGUGUAGGCAGUGGCAUCGCACUGUUGCGUGCAACUUGCGCUGAUGGUGACGCGUCGUCGGUUUUUCUGCAAGUGGCAGUGGUGGAUGGAUCAUUGCUGUGUGCAUCUGAAUUGAUUACUAUGCUGGAGGGUUCGCAUAACGCAUUCACGUUACCCACACGACUUCUUGUGGUGGAACAGCACCUUCGCUUCCUUCGCUUGUUGGAGAUGGCCCAGGAUGCACUACGGCCCGAGCGUCUGCGUGAGUUGCGCGUACAGGUGCUGGUAGAGCAGCUGCAUGACUCGUCGCUUACUGAUCGGGUUGUAGAGGAGGAGCGUGAGGCCUUUAAGGCCUUGGCACAUGCCAAGGCGACUCUGACAGGAUCACUCCUAGCAGACCGAAGUACGCUGCGUGUAGUGCAGGAUAACCUUGAGUCGGGGUUAAUUCACGACCAUAACCUGGGCCGAAGACAAGGCGGCAUCUCAGGCCUUUGCAGCGAGGAGAACUGUGUCGUGCGAGCAUCCAUAGCGUGUGGGUCUUCAACGACUAGGGCCGCUGCUGAAGCUCCACUUGUUGUGUUUGAUGAGCGGGAGUUUCGAUCCUUGUUACCGUACGCGUUAUACCGUCGCGGUAUUGAACUUGUUCCCUUAACGCUCACGACAGCCGAUUAUGUGUUGUCACCAUCGUACGCGCUGGAACGCAAGAGUGCUCCGGACUUUAUUCAAUCGUUGCUUUCCGGUCGCAUCUACACGCAGCUCGCAGCGCUUUCUAGGCGCUACGAGUUUCCAUUGUGUCUUGUUGAAUUUGAUUGUGGUGCGCCGUUUCGUCUGUCAUUUUCAUCCUCAUUCACAUCAUCACCUUCGCCUGCGGCUGAAAGUGGUGGGUUGUUCGCACGGGUUGCGCGUCUCUUUGCUGCCUUUCCACGCGUUCAGGUGUUGUGGUCACGCGAUGCGACACAGUCGGCGGCUAUCAUACAUGAGAUGAAACGCACAUGCGCACGGGAGGGGAUGGAUCCAAGUGCACCGUCACUUACGCGAGCAAACAUCGAUCCGCACGAUACCGCCAUGGAGAAGGAGACGGCGCAUCUUGCGGCCCGCGUCUUGUCAUGUUUCCCGGGUAUCACACCUGGCAACACGGCGCAGGUCAUGGCAGUUUGCGGCUCACUGGUGGGGCUUGCCACUAUUGACGAGUCUGCACUCGUGGGAGCCAUGGGUGAAGAGAACGCCAAACGGCUCUACAGCUUCUUGCACGGUGAUCUUGUGGCUAAGGCUCUGUAG